GUGGAGGAGGAGGGAGGCGGAGUGGAGGAGGCAGGCAGCUGGUGACAGCCCAAGUCAACCGCUCCCCCAACAGUCAGUAAAGUGGAUCAAACGGAGACAUUAUCGGACAGCUCGGUGGAAAUACUGUCAUAACGGUCGCUGGCGUUUACUGCUCACGGGAAACACGAUUUACAACUUGUAGAUGCACCGCUCUUCAGACAGUUCCCGGGGCCAGUUCAAGUAACGUUGUGGUUUAUGCUGGUGGCAAACUGAGGGAACACUGUUGCUUCUAGUUUUAGCCUAGGUAACGUUAGCCGUAACGUGAGGUAUCAAGCAAGCAAAAGCUAAGGUAACCUCGGUGUUUAGGGUCUCAUCAAGUCGGUUAUUGGUUAGCCCGUUGCUUUAGCCUGUCACGUAGCAGAAAAAACGCCAGGUGGUCGGGCACAAAGUGAAGAUGGGUGACAUAAACCCAUCGACAUCCCAUGCAUUUCAACCGGAGGGUUUCAGUUCACCGUAUAGGAGGAGGAGGACAGUAGAAGAUUUUAACAAGUUUUGCACUUUUGUUUUGGCCUAUGCCGGUUACAUCCCAUACCCCCAGGAGGACUCUCCACUGCGCAGUAGUUCCAGCCCUCCUAACAGUACAGGCAGCACUGCUGACAGUGAUGGUUGGACCCCGGGGCCCCCAACCUCCUGCCCUCAGCGCCCUUCAAAAGUUGCCCAAGAUAGGAACAGGAAACGUCCACAGCCAGGGGCUACUCUGUCCAGUCAUCCCAAGAAAGACCACACAGUCACCACCCUGCACCCAGAUGACCGCAGGAAAGCUGAUAAGCUGAAGAAGAAGAAGAGGAGAAAGGAGAGGGAGCAACAGGCUGCUGAAGAUGCCGGGGUUCAACCGGACCAUUCGACGGUUCAAGAGCUGCAGUGCCCUCUCUCUCUUGGCGGCCGAACGAUCAAAGAAGAGCCCGACGAUGAUAUCAGCAUUCCACUCCAUCCCCACUGUCUGCCUAGCCCCUCCCCCUGCAAAGAGGAGCCAAAAGAGGAGCGUCGAUACUGGGAUGGGCGAGACCUAGAAGAAGGGGUGGUAAAAGUACAAAAGGUGGAAGGCUUUUCAGGAAACCGAACAGUGUUCCGCCAGGGGAAGCAGGUGGUAUUUCGAGAUGAAGAUGGGUCCGGGGAGGAUGAAGACAUCAUGGUAGACUCAGACGACGACUCGUGGGACCUGGUGACGUGUUUCUGCAUGAAGCCUUUUGCUGGUCGCGCAAUGAUCGAGUGUAACAAGUGUAACACCUGGAUCCACCUGUCGUGUGCUAAGAUCCGUAAGAGCCACGUGCCAGAGACAUAUGUGUGCCAGACCUGCAGAGAGAUGCAUGGAUCCCAAGAUGCCCGUCGAUCCCACCGCUCACGUGUAGGACCUCGCAAACAUCUGCUAGACUGACCCCAGAACAAUCCAUGAACUCUUGCCCCGCCCCCUCAAGUCUUGUUCCCUUCACACCUGCUGGACUGUCCUUUCCUCAAAUUCAGGUCUUGCACCCCUCUGUCUCUGUCCUUAAUGAUCAGCUUCACUUUCUGUAAGCUUUUUGGUGGACCUAUCCCAAGCCCCUAUCCUAUAGAAAGACAGUUCGAGUGCUAUUAUAGAUUUCCUAAGGUUUGUUUUUGCUUCCCUACAGACUCUGUGCGUAAGGCAAUCACUGAAUGGAUGUUUGUCUAUAGAUGAUUAGCAUAGCAGCAAACCGCUACUGCUGGGACUUGGUGUCUUGUGAACACUGGAAACAUUUGAACUGCCAUAGAGAAAAUUCCCUCACAACUGCCACCCACUAUGGUGCAUGCUGGGAUUUGUGGGAAAGACGGUUUGCACUUUUUUUCUCACUUUUUAAAAAAAAGUCCUUAGACCUUUCUGUCAUAGGGACAGGUAUGUCUUUUCUGAUGUAACUGGAUUUGAUUUCUUUAAGAUGCCUCUAUUAAUAUUACAUAGUUAACCGUUUCAAAUGAGAAAACAAGUUAAGCCUUGUGUUAUUUGCUUCAGAUGGUGCUAUAGUAUUAAGCUGAGGUAUAAUAAUCCAAUAGAACAAAGAUGUAGGGUAAGAGACUAGAGUCUGCAUCUGCUUCAUCUGUUUGUUGUUCUCUUUUUGUUAUUUAAGACUUUGCGAAAAAAUAUAAUUGAGGCUUAAAGCCCUUACAAUCCAACCAAGCACUUGUUCCCAUCUUCGAACUCCACAAGCUGUCUUCCAGCCUCAGCAGCUCCUUUAAAUCAAAAUAGUACUUGGCCCCCUCUUCUUGAUCGAAAACAAAACCUCUUAUGUUAAAACAAAUCUUGGAAUUUUUCAAGGCAAGUUUAAGAAGCUUUUUAUCAGCAGUUUUUCAGGAGUGGUCAAUUAUUUUGCUGCAUUUCAUGACAUGGUUAAACAGGUGUGUGUUUAUAAAUACUCUUAUUUUCAAAACCGUUAUGUACACCUUUUCUUAGUUUGGUUGCUUCAUGUUCAAAAUGAAAGGUUUCAGAGACAAGUUUAUAAUAUAAGGGAACUCCUGUGGCCGUCCUUUUCAAGUAUCAGCCGUAUAAAAAAAAAAAAGCUAUAUUAAAGGUCAACUGGAAAAGUGUUAGGAAAGAUUCUCUCAAGAGUCCAGUUGAAAUUAUGCAUGAGUGUGUCAUUGUUUGAAUGGUUAAAACUGUGUGCUUGUAGCAAAGCAUGUGCUGCUAUGAGUUUUCUAAGCUCUCUGGUUUUCAGUCUAUUGUAAGCUGGAGAAAUGGGAUAUCUGCCAUGGGCAGGGUCAGUUUGUUUUGUUUGUCUCUGAAGGGUCAGAUCAGAAGAACAGAUCUCAUUCUCUUAUCACCUCUUGCUUAAGUUUUCACAGCAGUAUUCAGUUACUCCCAUAAGCAGCAGGAUUAAUGGAAAAAUGUGUUUUUAAAGCACUUUUCCCCAAAACUUGGCUGCAAAUUGGAUUAAAGACUUUAAGCUUUGUUAUUCAUGUGCCAUCUGCUGUUGGGCCUGUCUGUGUAGGCUACAUGUUUCUGAUGAUAUAAAAGCCAUACUGUAGAGUAACAGAUUUUAGACUCAAAACCUUGGAUAUUAGUCCAGGAUGGGAUUUUACAAUGCAGAAUCAAUGACUUGACCAGGGGACAACUAACACAAUGAAUGUGGUUUGUAAAAAAUACAACUUUCAGAGAGAUUUAGAUGGUAAGCUCAUCUCUGCACUUGUCUUCUACUAUUCACAAAUGUUGGUCCAGUGGUUCACACCCAGGUAGUGAUGAUUUAAGACAUUUCAAGACUUAGACGCGUUUGACAUUUCUCAGGACACUUGUGUCUGGAAGAGAUUCUUACACUUAGUCUGCGUCUUAAAAAGACAGUGUAAUUAAUAUUAUCAGAUUUCUUUGUGAUACAGCUUGUUUUUACUGAUCCUGGGUUGUCCUGUCCCCUUAUUGAGAAAGUGUCUGUACUGUGGUGCAAACUGUUUCUGUGAAACUAUUGUAAACUAUUGUAAAUAAAGAGUUACCAUUUUA